CUUGGCAAAAAGGACAGAAAUGGCAAAAUGAGGUUGAGGAGUCGAGAAUAUUAGUGCGUUGCGAUAUUCAGUUGUAAAUAUUCAGUUGUAAAUAUUCAGUUUAUAGGUAUAAUUUCAAGGGAGAUUCCUUGCUAGUAAUGAUUAGUCUUAUGGCAAAUUGUUUUACUUGGGUGAAAAGAAGGAGGGAGCCAUCGAAGAAAGUUACUCUUUUAAUGGUUGGCUUGGAUAAUGCGGGAAAAACGUCGACAGUAGCUGAUCUAACUGGAGAUUCCACUGAGGGAAUUACUCCAACUGUUGGUUUUUUAAACUCCUCAUUCUCGCUGUACAGAUUUAAUGUUACACUUUUUGAUGUCGGAGGUGGAGCAAGAAUUCGCUCAAUUUGGAAAAAUUACUAUGCAGAGUCAUUUGGUAUAGUGUUUGUUGUGGAUGCCAGUGACACAGACAGGCUUGAGGAAUGCAAGAAGGCACUUCAUGAAACAGAGAUGCAACCUCGUGUGGCAGGAAAACCUUUACUUGUCCUUGGCAAUAAACAGGACAAUGAGGGAGCUUUGAAUGAAGAUGAAUUACACAGACGACUUGAACUUGAUACACUUAUUGAAAAAUACAAGUGUCCUUGCCAAGUGUUUUGCUGUACAGCAGUGCUUGGUAAAGGGAAUAAAGUAGACAGGCAAAUAAAGAAAGGAUUCCGUUGGCUUUUAUCUGAGAUUUCUAAAGAUCAUGUCAAUCUGUCAAGAAGAAUUGAGAAGGAUGUGGCAGAACAGAAAAAAGCACAAGAUGACGAGAGAGAACGCAAGAGAGAACGAGUCAGAAUAGCCAGAGAGGCAAGAGAGAAAGCUGAAAAGGAGGCUGCAGAGAGGGCCAAACUGCAGCAGGUAGAAGAAUCAGAUGAUGGUGUUGUUGUUAGCAAGGACAAAGAGAAGAAGAAGAAAGAGCAGAAUACACCAGAACCACCCACCUCACCUAGGAAGAAGAAAAAGGGAAAAGAAACUAGUCCUGAGCCAGAUGCAACAGAGAAGAUAAAGAAGAAGAAAAAAAAGAAGAAACCCAAACUUUCAGAAGACCAGGAAAUACCAGAAAAUACAAGAGUGGAGGAUGAUGCUUCUGAUAGGCUCAGUCCUGUAGAUACACACUUCAAGGACGAUAGGAUAGAAACUCCUGAUGAAACUAAAGAAAAUUUACAAAAAGGAAGUGGUAAUGAACUGAAUGAAGGCUUGCCAGUAAAUGAAAAUACCACAUCCGAAGAAACGGAGGUGAAGAAGAAAAAGAAGAAAAAGAAAAAGAGAAAGCUAAAUAAAACAGCUCCCAUGGAAGGUGAUGACACUCACUAUGAGCUACCACGCCCUGCAUGGGACACUCUGCCUGGUACAUUGAAUGGACUACCAGCAAGUGCUGGACUGUCUCCAAGAAGAUUAGAGCCCUUAGGACCACCACACCUGCCAGCCUCUCUCUCAGGCGGCAGAGCUUUUGGAUCAGCGUCAAUACCAGAAGGCGAUGAGGACACCAACUUUCUGCCCCCUUUACGAGGGACAUCUUGGACAAGAAACAGACCCAAUAGUGAAGAUUAUGAUGUAGUUACAUAGGAAAAUAAUAUUAAUUAGUAGAGUUGAUGUGAACUGUUAUUUUCCCAGCCACAGGAACAACACAUUGGUAUCUGCAGAGUUAUUCUUCCUGAUGGAUCUCAUUUUUUAGUAUUAGUUCAAAGAAUUUGAUGAUAAUGUCAUCAAUAGUUAUGAACGAGCUUUCUGGUAGUACUAUUAGUAUUUUUCUUAUUGUCAUCGUCAAGUUUGUGCAUGCAUGACAUAAUAUAACAAAGACAAAAAACCAAUGACCAUGUUUCCAAACGAGGCAUAGCAGAGUACUUUUGCCGAACUUCAAAGUGUUUAGAAAUUUGGUCAAAUGCUGUCUUGAUUGCUUGAUAGAUCUGCUCAGUUGAAACUGAAACUAAGGAGAAAAUGGAAAAAUAAAUUUGAAAAUCUAUCAUUAAGAUGAGAUAUCCAAACCAAAUGCAGUUGUGGUUUCCUUUGUUUAAAGUUUAUGAAUUAUAAAAAGAGUUUCAGAAUUUUUAUAUCUAUAUCAGGGAGAAACCAGAUGUUGAUCAGGCCUUACUACGAUUAUCAGUAUAAUAAGGCACAAGGAAAGUUUUGUGACCAGGUUUUAACAUUCAACUUGUGUUUUUUAAUAUUCAACUUGUGUUGCUGUCACGGGCAACUGGCUCCAUUUCCAGUGGCAACUUGUUGGCAUUGACGUCAGUGGCAGCAAAGCAUGCAGAAUUUCAGGUGAUGAUAUUGUUACCAUUGGAAAGGAGGAAAGUUGCCCAUGGUAGCUCCAUAUUUAUGUCCAAAACGUUGUCUUCAAAGCUCAUUCAUGCAUCAACUCAACUGAUAAUCGUAGUAAAGGAUUUUUAUUAGAGUUUUGUUUUUCUCAAAGGGCUCUUUAUCUGAAUGUUUUUAUGAAAACUAAGCAAAUGACUCCUGCUGGUCAUUGAGUCAGAAAAACGGACCUGAUAGGCCUACUGUGAUUUAGCUGUCACACAAGUUUUCAUAAUUUUAACCAUCACACUUUAAUUUGUAAUGUCAGUAACUUACUGAAAAGGAAGUGUCACAUAAUUUAUUGAAAGUAAACUAUUGUUUCUUAAGAUUUUAGUAAAGAAGCGGCAGAUUAUUAACUUAUAUAGAUUGAGGAUUGCAUGACAAUGCAAAUGCCUUUUUAGCAUGUGUACAAAAGUGAAAAAAAUCAUGCAGCCUUGCCAUUCUUCUUUACUACUAAAAUGUAAAUAUGUAAAUUCAAUAUUACAUUUAUUGAUCUAAUUGUA